AUGCAGCUAGUUGACGAGGUCUUCUUCCUACUAAUGGCCAUCAGUGCAAAUUGGAAUCCCGACACCGAACGUACGGAGUUUGCGGUGGCUUUCAACGAACAGGUGGGACGCCUGCUGUGUAUCCUGGCUCGCGCUGUAGAUGCCCUCUGCAGCAAACCGGGUACCCACGCAAGGAAGUGUGAGUGCCACCAUGAAGAGGAUGACACGCCAGAAGGCAAGGAGGAACAAAUCAUCGCCGCGGCGAGACGCAGGGGUCAGAUCCUGGAGAAGCUCUAUGCGAGAGAACUGCCAAAGGUAGGUGCUGCAAAUUUCUAG